ACUGCAAGGUAAAACUGCGCACGCUGCAGUCAGUGUGUUACAGGAGGAGAAAAGCAGUAGCAAGGUAUGGCUGGCAGUUUCCAGGCUGAUUUCUCGUCCGUGGUCUUCCUAGCGGCCCUCUUUGGCUGCUGUUGGUCCGUCAACCCGGGACUUCGCACCGCUCUUACCAGCAAAGGCCUCAACUAUGCCUGCAGCGUGGGGAUCCCUAUUCUGGAGAAGGAGCUCUUGACUGUCGCCAUUCCAGAUAUCUCUGGGGAUGCAGACACACCUAUCGGCUCUAUCUCUUACUCUCUCUCAAACAUCAAGCUGGUGAGUUUCAAGAUCCCCACUGCCUCCAUCACCUCCAGUAGUGGAGGACUGUCGGCCCAGGCAUCUGGCAUCUCCAUCUACGUCACUGCUGACUGGCACUACCGCGAAGACAGCUGGCCUCAUAUAAGUGACAGCGGGUCCCUUGAUGUCUCUGGCAGUUCCAUAUCACUAGAGGUUGGGGUUGUGAUGGGAGCUGACUCUAAAGGCCAUGCGACCCUCUCUAGCACAACUUGCUCCUUCAAUAUCGGAAAUCUGGAUGUCCAUUUCAGCGGAGGAGCCGCUUGGCUCUAUAACCUCUUCUCUGACGACAUUGCUGACUCCCUCAAGGACUCUCUUCGGGGACAGGUAUGCGAUGAAGCCAAAAGCACCAUCAACACCCAGGGCAACGCAGCUCUGGAGACUCUGCCAGUCAUAGUCCAGGUUGACAGCAUCUCGGAGAUUGACUUCAGACUUCUUCAGAGCCCAUCCUUCACCUCUGAGUACAUGGAGACACUCCACAAGGGAGAGUUCUAUUCCAUUGCCCACCCUGUGGAGGCCCCCUUCACCCCACCCCCUCUCCCGCCCAUCGCCAACACCACCAAGAUGAUCUAUUUCUGGCUCACCGAUUACAUCGCCGAAUCUGCCGGCUUCGUCUACACCAUGGCAGGCGCACUGCAGUACAACAUCACUCCCGACAUGAUCCCUUCUUCCUUCCCCUUUAAACUUAACACCGCCUCCUUCAAGGCCCUUAUUCCAGAGCUCUACCAGAAGUUCCCCAACUGGCCGAUGCAGCUGGACCUGAACGCCACGAAGCCACCAGAUUUCACGUUCUCUCCAUCUCUUGGAGGGAACCUUACGGUGUUUGGAGACAUGGCAGUGGAGGUUGUCAGUCCCACCAACAAGAGCAUGCAGCUGGCCUUUGUCCUUGGACUGAUACUGUAUGCUGAUGCUUCAGUGGCUGUAAAGACAAAUAAAAGUGGAGGUGACAUUGCUACCUUCAAUGCCACAUUUCUCAAAGUCGAUAUGACUCUACUGGAAUCGAAUGUUGGAGAUUUUAACGUGGCAGUGUUACAAACAGUUGUUAAUCUGGUCUGCACUGGAUUCGUAAUCCCCACCAUCAACCGUGAGUACUCAGAAAUGUCUUCACGUCUUCUUCCUCUUUAUCCUUCUUCUCUCUCCUUCCCCUCCCUCUCACCUCAGAGUAUGGAAGUACAGGUAUACCAAUACCAACUGUUGAUGGAGUUACUCUUGUUAACCCCACCGUCACCUUUGGUCAGGACUAUGUUGUGAUAGGGUCUGAUAUCAACUACAUCCCUCCUCCAUCCCUCUACAACAGCAAGAGGCAACACUAGCCAUGCACCAGCACUGUUAACUGCAUAAGUUGUAUUAGGUGUAUACAUAAUAGUGUGUGUUUAAAGGACUGGAGAGUGUUUUAAUAUUGUUAUAAACAUUGCGUAUGUGAUGUAAUUCCGCAUGUGGUGGUCUUUUUCAAUUUUAAAUAUCGCAACACACAUGAAGACAUGAUUUAACAAAACUGAAAGCAAACAGAAAUCUUACGAUAAACACUAAAACAACACUUUCAAAGUACACCAACACGCCUACCCCUCUAGUACAACACAACACACACACACACACACGAUAUAUAAUUCACACACGCACGUUACAAAGUUUGUCACAUAAAAAUGUGAAAAAACAAACAUAUGAUGUGGCAAUAGAUAACUCAGAGCUAAUAGUCUGCAGGUAGUAAGGUAUGAUAGAAAGAGGAGAGAGCGAGAGAGAGAGAGAGAGGCUCAACAAAUGAGAGAGCUUUAUUGGAAGCAACACAAAUGGUUAGACUGGCAGUCAUGGGGGAAGGCUGAGUGGGCGUGGCAAACAAGGGGGCGUGGUCAGAUCACUGUCCCAUCGUCCGAGAGGCCGGUUGACCCGGAGCCGGUACUAGCUGUUGGGAGAUAGUCAGAGCUGUGAGAGAGGGUUGUUGUAGGAGGGGUGGGGGUGGGGUUUGCCGAGCUCUCUUCGGCCGAUGUCUCACUGAGGAUCUCUGAUGAGUGACCCCGUCCACUGCGAGAGGUGAGGACUGGCGAGCGUGUGGGAAAAUAGGUCCCCGAUGACGCGACCGACGGCAUCGUCUUCAACUUCCUCUUUUUGUGCUUCGACUUGUCCUGGUUCCCGUGCUUGGCCGCCGAUGCUCCGGCGGUGGGUGAGGCCUUGUGUUGCUUGUGGAGGGCGGAAGAAGAAGAGCGGAGGGCGGGGAUGUCGGAUACGGAGCGUUCGCAGGGUUGGAGCGAAGAGAGGUUGUGCCCGAGUUCACGCUCGGGGCUAAAGGUCGGGAGAGAGACAGAGUCUGAUGUCGGGUGUGGUCGGGCGGAGCCAAGCGACGUGUGACUGCCCUCCCCGAGCUGUCUGUCUGGUUCACUGGUACUGCUGAUUGUGCUGGCGUUCCGCUGGUGGACCACAGAGGAGGGAUCCGACUCCAGAGAGAGAGCGUCACUUGUGUUCAUUCCUUCGUUGCUCGAGUUGGUCGGGGAGGUGUUGUUAGAGAACGCCGAGUCGCUACGGUUACGGAUGAUGUCACGGGGUCGCGAGAGGGUAGAGGGUUCGGACCCUGCAGAGGGAGCAGGGGACAUAACGACCUCCGAUUCCCCCAUCGCAGAAUCAUUACUGGAGUAAUGACGAUGUCUCCUUGCCACUUCGAGAUCAUCACUGAUGUUGACUUGGAGACUGUCCAGUUCUCGAAUGGCGUCGUCCAGCGUCUUCUCUGUGUCGCUGAGGGAGCGGGAGCGUCGCCAGGAGGGGGAGGAGCCGGGCGGGACAACCAGGCGCAGCGUGGAGGUGGGCGUGCUCCCGGGGGUCACUCGUCGAACCCCGUCUGACCCUUGGUCCAUACACUUCCUCUUCAAUAGAGUGUCCACUCCCUCAGGGUCCAUUGGCUGGAGGGCCUUUAUCGCCUGGUCAUACAGCCCCGCUGGUAUGGUGAAAAUGGAGGUGUGCAUCCGAAUGAGAUCCUCCAUGACCUUACACACCGCCUCCAGCUCUUCCUGGUCCUGCUUGACUACCUGGUAGUCUGGUUUCACUCCCGCCGUCUUCCUCUGCUCCUUAUGUAGAAUGUUGGGUCCCAUGAUGAGCCCUAGGUUCUGCUCUGUCAUUCUGUUUCCCGUCUCCUGGGUCCCGUCGAUGAGGAUGAUGCCGUCGGAGUGGAGGGCCACGCGGGAGAGGAACUGGAGCAGAGCCUGGAGCGUGUCUCUGUUGGCAUGGGGGAGAAGGAGGCAGAACAGACGCAGCGCGUCCCUUCGCUGAGCGGAGCUGGACAACUCUGCAAGAGGGGUAAGGAAGGAGAGAGGGAAGGGAAGGAGAGGGGGAGAAAGGAGUAACGCAAAUGCAGGUACAGUGCAUCCAGUUGAAGCAGGGCCAAGACCACCCACCUACUGGAGGGCCAUAACUACCAGGUACCAUCUACAGGUCUACCACCGUGACAACCAGCCA